AUGUCCGCAUAUGUUGAUAAACUGGACGUCACGCAGAAACAACUGCGGUUUCUACAUAAACAAUUUAAGGAAAUCCUCGAUGAGAAAGUACGAAAGGCCUUGCCCGGAUACUCAGAGGACGAUGAGGUGAGUCAGGAGAUCCAGCUACAACUGGACCAGUUUCUCAUGGAUGCUAUCGAGAUGGCAGGCGAGUCCAUGAAUGUUGUCGAUGCCGGACGGGGCACUACGGUGAAAAGCAUUAUCCAAGAAGUACAGAAGGAGUACAUGGAGCCAUUCGACGUGGACCUUAACGAGCGCGUACGGAAGCUAUACCAGGAAUGGGAGGAUCGCACCGUAGAGGUAUCGCAAUUGAGGCGAGAAGCGCCCCAGGUUGUUAUUUCGGAGUACACAAACCUGGAAAAGCAACUGCUCGAUGACAUAGAUGCCAAGAUCGAAGCUGCUGCUGCUAGGAGGGAUCAGGAAACAGGAACUGGAACCGAAACCGAAACCGAAACCGAAACCGAUACACAGGACCCUGACAGCUCCGAAUACUGGUCCCAACUCGCAGACCAGUACAAGCAGGCUCUCACAGCACUAAAAUCCACUAACCAAGAUAUACCAUCUCACGAAACAAGACAAAAACGACUGCGCACCCUACUAGACCUAAUAGAACAGGAAGUAGGCUCCUAA